AUGCCAACCGAGAAGGGCGUCCUGACCGUCAGAGGCAACGUUUACAUGGCAUACACCUGCGAGGAUGAAAGCUUCAAGAUCACCGAAGCCAUUGACCUCUCAAUUCGGAUGGUAGAAAUGGUGUCCCAAGCAGCAGAAGUCUCAUCCGAUCAGCUCAAGCUACCCGAGCAGCAGACCCCAAGAAAGAACACCAAGUCCCAAGAGCACAAGGAGACAGAGGAAGCCGACGCUGCAUUCACGCAGCUCAAGAUUUUCCUCACUUCAGCUCCUGUCCUCACUGCGCCUCAACCUAACGAGGACCUACUCCUCUACAUCGCGGCAACCGACCGAGUCGUCUCCACGGUGCUUGUAGUGGAGUGGGACGAACCGGGCCACGUCUACAAAGUCCAGCGACACAGCGACCAGAAGUUGAAACAUUAUUUCGAUGGCCAUCGCAUCAUAGUAACUGCAAGCUUUCCGCUCGGGGACAUCUUGCGCAAUAAGGACACCAAUGGUAGAAUUGUAAAAUGGGCUAUGGAGCUAUGCCCCUUUUCGUUGGAUUUCCAGAGUCGUACAAUCGUCAAGUCUCAAGCACUGGUCUACUUCAUCACAGAAUGGACAAAUCUCAAUGCACCGCCUGCUCCAGAUAUCUCCGACCACUGGUUAAUGUUUUUUGACGGGUCCUUAAAGAUCAACGGCGCUGGCGCCGGGAUCCUUUUUGUUUCACCAAACAAGGACAAACUACGUUACGUCCUUAGAAUCCUCUUCCCGCCGUCUAACAAUGUCGCCGAGUAUGAAGCAUGCUUACAUGGCAUACGAUUGGCCGUGGAAUUAGGAGUCAAGCGCCUUUACGUCCACGGCGACUCUACCCUGGUCAUUAACCAGCUAAAUAAGGAGUGGGACACGACUCAUGAGAAAAUGGAUUUGUACUGCAAGGAGAUCCACAAAUGGGAAGCAAACUUUUAUGGAAUAGAGUACAUACACAUAGUUCGGGACAAGAUUCAAGCAGCGAAUGCGCUGUCAAAGAUAGGAUCAUCCCAGGCUCAGAUUCCACAAGGCGUUUUCGUCCAAGACAUUGAGAAACCGAGCAUCGGACACGACCAGGUCGAUAAGCCAAAUAACGAGGCACUGCUCGUCCAGGAUGUCACUUCGACAACCAGCAGUGACGACUGGCGCACGCCUUUCAUCAAGUAUCUCUCGGACGGUUCCGGCUUUCAAGACAAGACUGAGAACGAACGCCUCAUUCGACGAUCCAUAAACUACAUACUGGUCGAUGGUUGA